CACUCUUAUCUCGUGCCGUGCGCCAGUGUCCACCUGGGCAGGUGUGUCUUGAAAGAACACUUCCUGUUGAACUUUGGACAAGGAUUUUUGUCAUGGCUGCGGAGGAACUCGACAGAAUUAAUGUUAUUACAAACCUGUCGAAUCAGGCCCUGCAUGAGUAUGAGGACCUUCAGAGAAAGCAAGAGACUACAGCCAUGGAACUUACUUCCUCUUAUCAUUGCUGCAAUAUUUUUGUGACUGUUGCACACUGGAAACAAUCACAGCAAUGGAGCUUUUCACAGUUCAAGAGGCUGGAAGAGGAGCGAGACGAGGCGAUGAAGAAGCUCUCUGAGUUCCAGCAAGUCUCUCAGAUGGUCAUUGAAGAGGUCAGCGCCAUCCAGGAGAACCUGGAGAUUGAGCGAAUGUGCAGAGAAAGUGCUGAAGCGCUGGCCUCCAAGCUGGACAGGCAGAACCGCUCUCUGAAGAGGAAGAGUAUGAUGUUGCUGUCUCACAUCAGCCCUGAGACCAUUGCAGAUAUCGACCUUAAUGAUGAAGCAGAAGAGAGUGAGGACCUGCAUGCAUCGAGCCAAGACUGCCUCUCUCCUCAGUGCUGCACCUCCAUCUCAGUGCUGCAAAAUAAGUUGGAAAUGACAGUUAAGGAGAAAAAUCAAGCACUCUCUGAUCUUGAGGCAGUAAGAGAACAACUGAGGGCGACCAAGGAGGAACUGCUGAAGGAGAAACAUGAUAAUACUGUUCUGAUUGCGGAGACACUUCGGCAAAAGAAGCUGCUGGGGAAAUAUCACAGAGUGUCUCAGUUAGCUGUGGAGGAAUAUGAAACUUUACACGACACCUUCAACCUGGAGCGAGAUCUGAGGACAGAGGCAGAAAAUUAUGCCAGAGCUAUGGUGGUCGAGCAAAAGAAGCUGAAGAGACAGAGUCAGAUCCUGAUGCAGAGCUCCUCACCGAGUCAGGCUCUGCAGGAUGCCCUCAGCCAGGUGACCAGACUGACAGAGGAACUGGAGACACAGAGGCUGGAGCACCAGAACCAGAUAAAGACGAUGGAGGACAUGCUGGGGAACAGUGAAACUCAGAGGGAGCUUAUGGCAUUGAGGCAAACACUGGAGCUCUUGGAGGAGGAGAAGAAGGAGUACAGCAAUAAAUGCUCCAAGGCUGAACUGGAGGUCAAGGAUCUGAGGUUUACAGUUGAAGAGCUCCAGAAAAAGCUUCAGGCAGCUACCAACCCACCCCCAGCUCCAACACCUCCACCACCACCUCCUCCACCUCCUCCAGCCCUGCCUUCAACCACGAACCCACUCAGCACACUGGUGUCACUGAUUCGAAAGAGAAGAGGCAUCAGAACCGACAUCCCGCUGGUGGAACAGGACUCUGCCAAGACACCAGAAGUGGAUGUCAGGCAGCAGGCAGUGGAGGAAAUGAUGCAAAGGAUUAAGAAAGGUGUUCAGCUUCGACCUGUGAACCAGUCACCUAACAGGACCAGGAAACAGAUGGAGAAGCUGCCCUCUAAUUCUGCUAUUCAGGAACUUAAAGGAAUCAUGGAGAAUUUUAACAGAACUGUACAACAACCAAAGGCAGCGUCUCCGACAACAACCCGAGACGACGAGCUGCAGAGGAUUCUGCUGAGGCGGCGGGACGCGCUGGACGCCUAACACAAAGGUCAGUGUCCUCGUCUCUCCCCGCAGUGUGAUGCCACCUGAGCUCAGGCCUCACCUGAGUAUCCAUGUGUACAGAGGAUGCGAGUGACUGAAGACUAAUAUGGAGUGUUAUUACCCAGCCUUUUGUUCUAUUACAUUAGUAUACACUUAAUAACCUCUGACUGUAUUAAUGAGAAUACAGUCAGAUGGAUUCCUGGUGGGUUUCACCGUCAGAGGCAAAGUCAGACAUGUUCCUGUUGCAUCAGUAAUUCCCACUGGACUGUUUGAUUCCAGUAAAAUAAAGGCAUGUAUCAUACACCA